CUAGAGGGCGGCCGGAAGAGGAGCAGGUGCCGCCGUCGAGAACCAGACCACCAGCGGGCAGAGUGCGCCUGCGCGCCCUGGAGGCGGGACUCAAUCUUCGUUAAAAAGAGGGGAGGGCCGGCACCUGCCGCGCCUGCGCAGACGGGAAGGUGACUUUGGGCUCAGCAUGAAGCUAAUGAAGUUCAUGGGGCCUCGUUAUUUCCAGCUCUUCCGCCACUGGUCCCCAACUGUGGCCACGUGGAGCUCCAUGACUGCAGUUGCCGUGGUGUGGAUGACCGACUGGAAACUGGUUCUGCAGUACGUCCCGUGGAUCGGUGGGAAAUUUAAGACCGACAACUGAGCUGGCGGACUGCCCCACAGGGCAGCGGUCUGAUGGAGCAGUUCCUUUUUUUCCGUCCGCAGAGUUUUUGAUCUCUGAAACCUCCAAGUGCCACCGUCCAAGAAGGGUUUGGUGGCUAUGUUUAUCCCGCUCUCCAUAUCCUCUGCAGGGAAAUGCAACUUGAUGAUCUGUGGAUCCAAUAAAAACUCUUUCAGUGUAUGGAUGUUUCACAGCCCCCUCAAUUGCAGUGGCAGAGUGUGGUGCAUGAAUGAACAUCAUCCAGCUAUGAAAUAAAGCUUUGGAGCUUGGGGGAGACAUGAA